AUGAUAGACGAUGUCCUUCAAUCCCGAUACCGAGUAGCCCACAAGCUGGGCUACGGAACAUACUCAACUACCUGGCUGUGCCGGGACUGCCAGACUAAUAAAUAUGUGGCAGUCAAGGUCGGAACGGCCGAGUCAAACAGUCGAGAGGCUGACGUCCUCGACUAUCUCAACCAUUCGUCCCCACUUGAUUACCCAGGCAGGGCAAUGAUACCCUCUGUUCAAGACAGAUUCGUCCUCCACGGCCCUAAUGGCCACCACCCUUGCUACGUGACAGCCCUAGCAAUGUGCAGUGUGUCUGGUGCGAAGGACGCAUCAUAUAAACGCAUCUUUCAGGCCAAGACAGCUCGUUCACUUAUCGUGCAGCUCGUAUUAGCUGUUGAGUGCAUUCACAGUAAAGGAGUUGUCCAUGGAGAUCUUCACACCGGCAAUGUCCUUCUGCGUCUCCCGGCCGAUUUUGAUCAACUCUCAAUUGAGCAGCUAUACGAAAGAUACGGUUCACCUGCGCCAGAGCCAGUUGUUCGGCUUGAUGGUAAACCCCUUGAGUCUAGCAUUCCAGUUAGCGUCGUUCCUCCGAUCUGGCUUGGAAAAGCUUCAGAGCAACUUACCACCUCAGAAUCUAACGUCUUGCUGAGCGAUUUCGGAGAGGCAUACAGACCAUUAAACGAGCAUAGGUGUAGCUCACACGCUCCCUUGUCCUUUGUUCCGCCUGAAGCCCGAUUCGAGCCAGAACAGGGCCUUUCCUUCCCAGCUGACAUCUGGAGUCUCGCAUGUUCCAUAUGGAUAAUACUUGGCCAGCGUCCCUUGUUUGAGGACAUCCUUGCCACACCGGACGACAUCACUGCGGAGCAGGUUGAUACUCUAGGAAAUCUACCUCUACGGUGGUGGAAGAAAUGGGAAGCGAGACACGAAUAUUUUGAUGAGAGUGGACAACCAAAGCAGGGUCGACAGGUGAGGUCUUGGGAUGACCGCUUUGAAAACCACAUUCAAUUCCCACGACAGAAGGCUGGAAUUCCGGGGUUUGAUGUAGAGGAGAAAGCUGCUGUUAUGGAUAUGCUGCGGUCGAUGCUGUCGUUCGAGCCAAAGAAGCGGUUAACCGCACACGACGUCCUGAAAUGUGAGUGGAUGGAGAAGUGGGCAUUGCCGGACUUUGAGAAAUUUCACUCCUGGGAGCAUGGGGGUUGCGAAAAGUUAGCAUAA